AUGGCGGCGCGACGGCGACCCCUCGGUGCCGCCUCACCCUCGUCUUCGGCGACGCUACAACGCCUCAACGGCGACACGUCCUGGCUCCUCUCGAUCCCAUUCCCCCCUCGCAGCCGCAACCAGACGCCCGACUCGCACAACGACGACGACGACGACGACGACCAAGAAGAGCGACCGAGACGAUACCACAUCCUCAUCGACCCCUGGCUCGCGCCGACGGCGCAGACCGACGGCCUGGCCCUCUUUUCGCGGCAGACGCGCGUCGUGCCCUCGUGCUUCCCCUCGAUCCGCGCCCUCGCCUCCCACCUCCGCGCCCUCGACCCGCGGCACCGCAUCGACGCCGUCCUCUUCUCGCACCCCUUCACCGACCACACCCACCCCGAAACCGUGCUCGAUGCCAGAGACGUCCUCGCCGACGUGCACCGCAUCUCGACGCCCUACUCGGUCCACGGCGUCAGGUCCCUCCUCGCCCUCCCCGCAUCGUCGAAGGCAAAGGGGUCUGACCUCGUCCUCUCCCCGACAGGGGCACCGCUGACGUUACCGGACUCGCCCGGUGUCCAGGUCAGCUACCUCGCCGCAAAGGAGGGCCUUUCGCCCGCCUGGAAAAAGCUCCAUGGCGCCGUCCACAUCUCCUUUCCCUGCCCCGCCACCCCUCCUCCCUCCUCGAUCGGUGCGACUCCCACGACGCACCAGAUCCUCUAUACGCCCCACGGCCUCGCACCGACCUCGCUGCCACCCUCGCUGCACGCGUCGCCCUCAUCGUCGACGGGGGGACAGCGCAUCCUGCUCCACUCCUUCGACCGCCAGUCGCUGCCCCUCGUCGGCGUCGUAUCGUCUGGCAUGCCCAACAUCCACGCCCUCGACCAUGUGUGGCAUCCCACCGCCGUGCUCAGCACCCACGACGAGGACAAGAGGGCCGAGGGCCUCGUCGCCAGGCUCAUCCAGAGGCAGCGCUACUCGGUCCAGGAGGUCGAGGACUGCCUCGGCGCCCACGUCGUCGUCCGCUCGCUCGGCGUCGGUGAUGUCCUCGAGGUGCCGCCCUGA